AUGAACUUCGUUAAAGACCUCUUUCUUACAAAAUCUGAUAAGCCAACGUUUGAAUUUGAUAAAGACAACCAUGUCUUUCGCAGUUGUCACGCCGAGAAGGGCUUUGUCAGUACUCCACUUGAACCAAAAAUGAACAAGGAGGAAUGUACUAUUGACAGAGUAUGGAAAAAGCUCGCUGAGCAAAAUAAGGAUAAGCCUGUAUUCGGGUCUCGCCCAUUACUUAGCAUCCACACUAAAGAAUCUAAACCAAAGGAAGGCGCCAAGCCUAAAAAAUGGUCGUAUUUCGAGCUCGGUGAUUAUGAAUGGAUGAACUACGCUGAGGCUGACGAAAAGAUCAAGAAAGUUGCCAUGACACUUAAGAAACAUGGUCUGAAACAUGGUGAUAUAGUCAUUUUGUUCUGUAAGACAAGAGCUGAAUGGAUGAUCACUGCUUUAGCUUGCUUUACUCUCGGCUUAGUUAUCACCACUGCCUAUGAUUCGAUGCCCGCUGAUGCUGUCAACCACAUCAUCAAAGAAACUGAAGCAAAGGCUAUCUUCACAGAGGUAUCUUUGUUCUCGACAUUGAAUAAAGCCUAUGAGGAAUUAAAAAAGGAAGACCAACCCAAGUUCGUGUUUUAUGCCGGCCAAGAUUUUGAGGCAUCUGAGGAAGUAAAAAAGUUCAAAAACAGUAAAGCCGAGGAUGUGGAGAUUGCUCAUUUUAAUAAAGUCGUGGAAAAGAAUGACGAUCAGUUGGAAGAGAUCCAAUCUGGAGAGCAGCCUAAGCCUGAUGAUCUGGCAUUGAUUAUGUACACUUCCGGUUCAACAGGUGCUCCUAAGGGUGUCGAAUUGACGCAUAGUAAUAUUAUCGCUGCCAUGGGUGCUGCAGAAUACCUCAUCAUUGAAUUCUUGAGCGGUCAAGAUGAUCAUUCUUAUAUUGGUUUCUUGCCUUUGGCUCAUGUGCUUGAAUUCCUUGUCGAAUUCAUCAUGAUAUGCUUGGGUAUUCCUAUUGGUUACGCCAGUAUUCGUACCUUGAUGAACGAAUUUGUUUGCGGCCCCAACGGGGAGGGUAAAGGUGAAGGCGAUCUUAAAAUGUUGAAACCUACCAUCAUGGCUGGUGUUCCUGCUGUUUGGGAAAAGAUCAAGAAGGGUGUUGAAGCCAAAUUAGCCAAACAGCCAUGGGCUGUUAGAAAGACAUUUGAAGCUGCUAUUGAACUCAAGUGGAGAAUGUUGCAAGUUUUUGGCAAGACCAAUAAUUUGACCGACGCUUACGAUUCAGUUAUUUUCAAUAUGAUCCGUGACGUUACUGGUGGCCGCUUGAAAUAUGGUAUUUCUGGUGGUGCUCCAGUAUCUUUUGAAACUCAAAAAUUCGUCACAUCAGCUCUUUGUUUCAUGUUACAAGGCUAUGGUUUGACUGAAUGUUGUGGUUUGGCGUCUGUUACUCUUCCCAAGUUUGGUAUCAUUCCUGGCUCUAUCGGCCCUCCUUCCCCUUCCAUUGAAUUCCGUCUUGUUGACGUCGCUGAUACUGAUUACAAAGCAGAGAAUAAUGUCGGAGAGCUCUGGUUGCGUGGCCCGUCGUUGAUGAGAGGCUACCAUAAAAGACCUGAUCUCACGAAAGAUGCUAUAACUUCUGAUGGUUGGUUUAAGACCGGCGAUAUAGCUCGCUUGAAUGAUGAUGGUACUUUCUCUAUUACUGAUCGAGCAAAGAAUCUCGUUAAAUUGGCUCAUGGUGAAUAUAUUGCUUUGGAAGCUUUGGAAUCCAAGUAUCGUAAUUGUCACGAGAUAAAGAAUAUUUGUCUCAUUGCUGAUAGUAACAAGUCCUACAUCAUUGCUGUGGUUGAGCCAGCUGAUGACGACGUGGAGAAGGAUACACUCCUUAAAAAGCUCCAGCAAACUGCGUCUUCAGCUGGAUGUAAUCGUGUCGAAACAGUAAAAGAUAUUGUCGUAACCCGACAUAUUGAUUGGACAAAGGAGUAUAUGACCAGCAGUCAAAAAAUCAAACGUAAAGAUAUCGUUAAAGGAAAUCAAGAAGAAAUCGACAAGAUUUAUAAGUAA